GUGCAGAGGACGGCUUACUGACUGACUGACUGACUGACUGACUGUAUGAAAGGUAAUGAGCCGUGGCCUUCAGAGUCAGAAGCUUCUCCACUGGACAAGCGAUGGAGCUGACGCAGGCAACUACUCCGUUUGAUUACAGCUCCUACCCUACUGGGUCGGAAAAGCCGGUUGAAAUCUGUGCCAGGAACAAUGACAACUAUUUUGGAGCUCAACUGUCCAUCCUCUACUACUUUAUGUUCCUGUUCAGCUUCUUUUGCAACGGGCUGGUCCUCGUCAUCAUCUACCAGUUUGAAAAGCUGACCACCGUGACCAACAUCCUGCUGCUGAACCUGGUGCUCUCUUUGCUCCUCUUCAUGAGCAGCCUUCCCUUCCUGGGAGCCUACAAACAGCUGCAGGACUGGAUCUUCAGCAGGGUCAUGUGCAAGGUGGUGGGCAGCAUGUACAACCUGGGCUACUACAGCUCCAUCCUCUUUCUGACUCUUCUGACCUUCGACCGGCACCUCUCCGUGGUUUACUCCCUGGGUGCAGCGAGGAUGAGGAACAGGAUGUACGCCUGGGUGUUCUGCGCCGUGGUGUGGCUGCUCAGCGGCCUGGCGUGCAUCAGGCCCAUGAUUAUCUAUGACACACAUUUUCAUGGACGCACCAACACAACCAUAUGUGAAGAGUAUCCUUGUGACCUGACCUACGAUCAAGUGCAGCAGUUGAAAUUAAUUCGCGUUUACGUCGACUUUUUCUUUUUCUAUAUCAUCCCUCUGCUCGUCAUUAUUUACUGCUACGUUCGGAUUGUAAUCACUGUCAUGUCGUCCAGCAUAGUCAUAAGGGUCAAGACGUUGCGGCUGAUACUCAUCAUCGUGCUGUUGUUCUUCCUGUGCUGGAGCCCCUACAACAUCCUGGAGCUGCUCAUGACAGUGUCCCCUUCGAAUGACUGCCAGGACAUCAAGACGAGAGGCUAUGCACUUCACAUCACACGCAACAUCACCUAUCUUUACUUCUGCAUCAGUCCCCUCUUCUACACGUUUGUUGGAAAAAAGUUCCAGAACUACUUCAGGCAGCUGCUGGUGAAGCACUUUCCCACAGUGAAUAAACAAAUAUCUGUGAGUCAAAGCAGCAGAAGCAACACGUCGACGAGGAUCAUGCGUAUCGAGCUCUAGAGCCGAGCCUCAACUCUGUGACGUGGCCUAAUGAAACGACUAGCUGCUUCCUGCAGGACUCUUAAAAAAGCUCCUGUAAAAUUCGUUCAUUUACAGCAAAAUACCUGCACAGACAAUAAUGAGUAUAAUUGCUAGUGUUAGGGUGACACUGACUUCUUUCUAAUUGUGAAAUCUGAAAUUGUGUAAAUAAACCUAUUAAUGUAAUGCAGCAGCUUCUCUAUUUGUCUCUGUCCAACUUAUAUUUAACAAAAAACAAGCAAGUGGUUAGAGGAAGCUAAAGGCUUCAUGUUCAGCACUUCUUGGUUUCUGCCUUGGCACAUUUCUUGCUUCUGUGUGUUCAGCACUGAUGAAAUAAACAUCCUAAAUCA